AUGGCUGCAGUAGCUCCCAAAGUACCCUCAAAUCACAAGGCCGCGGUUUACGACAAACCAGGUACUAUCUCUACCAAAAUCAUCACAGUAGAUACGCCAGAGCCUGGGCCGGGAGAAGUUCUCAUUAAACUGUAUGGCGAAAUAUCCCUUACCUUCGCUGGUUUUCAGUUUUCUAGGAUGCACCCCAUGAUUGAACUCAUGCUGAUGUGUGAUAGAACACAUUCUGGCGUCUGUCACUCUGAUCUGGGAGUCAUGACGAACUCUUGGAGGGUGCUUCCCUACCCAGUACCUGAAGGUCAAGUUGGGGGGCACGAAGGAGUCGGACGCGUCGUGAAGAUGGGACCAGGAGUAGAUUCUAGCGGGAUCAAGAUAAAUGAUCGUGUAGGAGUCAAAUGGAUCUCUAGCGCAUGCGGCAGAUGUAGUACCUUCCAGCAAUACGUGCUCGGACCAGCCGCCUAUGUUACGCCGAUUCCAGAUGGUCUUGAUUCCGCUGAAGCUGCUCCUCUGCUCUGUGCGGGCCUGACAGCGUACUCUGCCUUGUUGCGUAGCAGGGCAAGACCCGGAAACUGGGUCGUCAUUUCAGGGGCUGGUGGCGGGCUGGGCCACCUCGCUUGCCAGAUCGCAUCAAAAGCCAUGGGGCUGCGUGUCAUUGGAAUUGACCAAGGAACCAAGGGUGAAAUCAUCAUGGAGUCGGGAGCUGAACACUUCGUCGAUGUCACUCGGUUCAGUCAAGAUGAUGGAAUUUCAAACCACGUCAAGUCACUGGCUGAUGGACUUGGUGUUGACGCCGUGAUUGUCUGCACCGGCUCAAAUCAUGCCUAUAGACAGUCGACGGGUUUCCUGCGCUUCAGCGGUACUGUGGUCUGUGUCGGAGUUCCGGAGGGCGCAUUGAUUCCAAUUGCUGGUGCUUGCCCAUCUGCGUUGGUCGUUCAAAACCAAAGCAUUGUUGGAUCGGCAGUUGGCAAUCAGCGCGAGGCGGCCGAGGUUCUUGACUUUGCUGCUAGAGGAAUCUUGAAGGCUCAUGUCGAAAUCAGAAAGCUCGAAGAUUUGACCAAAGCCUUUGAGGACUUGGGAGCUGGCAACUUGCGUGGACGGAUUGUGGUGGACCUAUCGUGA